AUGAAAUACCUAUCUAAUUUCCAUCCUGAAUUUGUGCAACCACUUUUGGUGGGUUUCAAAAUGUUAGAUAAAUUUAAUUUAACCUUUUUUGAUGACAAUGUGUCCUUUCUAAAGAGAUAUUGGAAGUUUUUAUACUUAGUUCCUUUUACGGUGGCCUACAUUACUUGCAUGUCGAUAUACAUGAUUAAUAUAUUCAGUGAGGAAAUCGACGUCACCGAAUUUGCUUACAUGGUUCCUGUGUAUAUUAGUUUUGUUACGGCUGUAGUUAAAAUAAUCAUAAUAUUAUUAAAAAGAAAAGAUAUUUCCACUUUAGUGAACGACUUAGGCAAAAGCUGGAGAACAUUCAAUUUAAAUAGUAAGCAAAUCGAGCGGAAGGAACAAUUAAUGAAGAAGCUUAACUUAUUUCUGAAAAUAUUUUACUACGUUAAUGUUGGAGCGGCUUCAUUACAUUUGAUUACACCUUUAGUAAGCGUUUUGGUUCGUAAAUUUGUGUUAAAGCAGGACUGCAAAAUGGUACUUCCGUUUCAAAGUGUAUAUCCUUUUGAUACUUCUGAAGACUGGGUCAAAUAUCUUGUAACAUACGCAUUUCAAACGUUCAUAGCGUUCCGUCUAAUUUACGUAUACCUGGCCUCACAAUAUUUGAUGAUAAAUUUAUGUGCAUUUCUUGCCAUUAAUUUUGCACUAUUAUCCGAAGACUUGAUUAAUGUUACCCCGUACUUUAAUAAAGUGAAACUUCUGAGUCAAUAUUCAUUCCAUGAACAACUUGAAAGAGAAAGCACAAACAUUACAAUACAGGAAUUCGUAAAACGUCACCAAAAACUGAUAAGAUUAUCACAUCAGUUGGAUGAUAUUUUUAAUCGAAUUGUUUUCGUUAUCUUACUUUUAGUCACAAUUGUUGUCUGCUUCUUCGGCUUCGCAAUAACCAUAUCACAUGGAGUUAUAGAGAAACUAAAUGAUUUUAUCAGCGUUUUAGGUCUGUUGUUUCCAACGUACAUAUUGUGUUACUAUAGUGAAUUAUUAACAUCUGAGAGUUUGCGUAUAGCUGAUGCGGCGUACGAAAAUUUGUGGCUGGAUGGGAACGUUUCUUAUCAAAAAACUAUUCUAAUGAUUAUAAGACGUUCACAAAAACCUUGUUGCCUUACAUCAAUUAAAUACGUGCCCAUUAAUUUAAAUACUUUUACCAAGGUUUUGAGUACGACGUGGUCAUACUUUUCUUUAGCUACAUCGAUGUACUCGGAAAAGGAAUAA